UCAUCACAAGUUAAAACAAGUGGAUUUUAUGGUAGUCACAUAAUAUAUUCAUAUUUGUACUUGUGCAGUGUCCCUCUAAUGCCACAGUCCAUGCCGCCCCCCCGCACCUAAUAUCACUAGAUCACCUUGUUGCAUUGCAUAGCUGCUGCUGCUUCGCUAUUGGCACGCAAUAAAGCAGCUGUGUUCCUGGUGGGCGCAGCUGUACACUGUCGCUGACGCGUGGGACGUUGUUCACGGAGAGCUGCGCGUGCACUUGAGGAGACGCGCAAAGAAACCCGAUGGUCCGAGGGUGCUGCUCGUGCGUGGAAGGUGCUUCUUACCGGGGGAACGGUCUGCAGGAAUGCGCAGAACCCCGGAGCUCUCCGUGGUGCUGAACCAGUGUGCGGCGGGUCCGACGAGUCUGUGAGCGUCCUUUUUUUUCAUCCGCGACCUGUUCGCACCUGAGCUCUCCGUGCACACCGGCAGGAUGGACAUCCACGGUUCGGGACGGCGCAUUUAACUCAGACCCCAUGGGUUGAAGGACUUGUGGAUUUAACAAACCUAAAUGAAGAAUGCGCCGGUAGGCUUGUAGAAAAUGUUUAUCACCUACUUUAACUGGUUAUCUAUUUACUGACCAGCUGUCAGCGUGCAUUCAUUCAUCAACAUGUUAUGAAGAUUGAGCUGCUGUGAUUGAGUUGCCCUUCAAGCAUUAGACAUCUGCUUUAUAACCUGAGGAGAGUGACGACAUGGCUCGCCUGCUGGUCCUGGUUAACUCCGUGGUCCUCUUGCUUUUUGGCAGCGACGUGUUCUUGGUUGCAGCAAAUCGGCCACCGGCUCCCGUCAACGUGUCCGUCACGCACCUGAGAGCCGACUCGGCCACCGUCUCCUGGGAGGUUCCAGAGGGAGACAUUAUAAUUGGUUUCUCAAUCUCUCAACAGAGGCAGGAAGGACACACGCAGCGAUUCAUCCGAGAAGUGAACACCACGAGCCGCUCUUGUGUCCUUUGGGACCUGGAGGAGGAGACGGACUACGUCAUACAGGUGCAGUCGAUCGGCCUCUACGGGGAGAGCCAAGCCAGCAAGAAGGUCCAUUUCCGCACCCUGAAGAAGACGGACCGCUUCCCCUCCAACAGCUCCAAUCAGGAUGACCCCACUGUGCAGGGGCUUGACAAGUCCCGCCAUCUACAAACCGGAGAGAUGAUCAUCAUCGUGGUGGUCUUGGUCAUGUGGGCAGCCGUCAUCGCCCUGUUCUGCCGGCAGUAUGACAUCAUCAAGGAUAACGACUCGAGCAACAGCAAGGAGAAGGCCAAGCCGUCGUCGGAGAGGAGCACGCCGGAGCACCACAGCGAAGGGCUGCUGAGGAGCAAGUUUCAUCCUUCUGUGCCGUCUAUCAACAUCAUUGAGGUUUGAGAAGAAGGAAGAAGCGUUUCUCUCUCUCCGCCACAAUCAACACAUUUACCACUUUUCUCACUGAUGAAGAAACAAGCUGGAAAAAAAAGGUGUUUCUUUGGGUCGUCAUCAGUGAGGGAGGUUGUCUGAGGCCGUCUUUGCAAAAGACAUACAUGCACGUACAUGUUGUAGGAAAACUCGACACACACAUGUGCUCGCCCUAAUACACACGCGCACACACACUACAGUAACACAUACACCAAUGUUAACCCGUGGUGCAGUUAAUGAUGACUUUGCCAAGUUAUUGCAAUAUAAAACACUCAAUCAUCUCUGGGAGGCCGGUCUUCAUGCCUUUAAAUUCACAGUGUAUUUUUGAUAUUGGCAUGUGCAAGUAGCCACUAUGUUCGCCUGUUAUAGGAAGCUUUGAAUAAACACAACAAUUUUAUUUUACAAAUAGUGUUACUGUGAUAUUAGUGUUAAUGUCUUUAUUGUCUAUAAUAAUAUUAGUAAGUAACAUAUCGUCGUAUUCUUUCACAUUUCAUAAAAAACUGUGUGUACAUAAUGCAUUAAGUUACCAAAGUUGCAUGCAGGUCCUUGUAGAACAGCAUUUGAUGUGUAUUCUGACUUAGAUGCCUAAAAAUGGAGAAAUAUACCCGAUGGCAGUCCUGUGAAGCUGUUCAUGUUUUCUUCUAUUCAAUCUGCUUUUAGAACACAGCGUUGUCUUUUUUCAUCUAGUGUUUAAUUUCCCAUCGUGCUCAUUACCUGACAAUUGUUUCUCUUAAAAGUGUAAAAUAAACAAAAAUUCUUCACAAAGUGGCAGAUAAUGUAAUGGGAGUUUUUGUGCGUACCUCAUUUCCAGUGUGGAAAAGCACGUUCACACACAAACUGCUCCCCAGUGCAUCAAAUGUUGGCUUACAGUGCAGGAGUUAAAUACUGGCAAAGAAGAGUCACAAACAAUAAACUUAACACAGGCCAUACAAAGUGAUGCAAAAAAAGUUGGUAAUAACAUGGUAAUCAUUUAUUGCAUGUAGUGCAAAGAAGUGGCAGAAAAAAAAUCCUGACGAGAUCAUGAUUUGAAACUUGGAAUGUCAGGGUUUAAUUCAUGUUUCCACCCACUCAGGACAAGAGUCGAGACCGUUAAAGUUUAAUAUUGGAUUACGCGAUCAUCAAUAAGAGAGCUCAUCACAUCAUUAUUCAGUAAAUUACACCUCAUUUGACUGUUCCCGUUAGAGUCUACGUGACAUACAAGUAUCCUGUUUGCAGGGAGUUCAGAUCUGAAAAAUCUAUCAGCAAAACAAGCAGGAAGCAGAUGUGCUCUCCAUUAACGUAUGUUUGCAUUUCUCUACCAACAUUCAUCAGACUGAACAAACACUCUGAAAGCACAAACCUCUCACAGAGCACGCACACACACAUUUCAUAUGAAAAUAUGAAAAGGAAAAAAAGUCCUCAUCUGAGCCAGGUGGCAAACUCUUAUUCUGAAAAAUGAAGCCAAUGCAGGUGUCUCCAAUUAGAAGGUGACAGACAAACAGAAGUCUGAUUGUAUAGCAGUCAAUGAGAAAAUCACCAUAUUUCUCACUUUAUGAUCAGAAUCGCUGGUUCAAAUCAGGAUUUCUAUUUUUUAAAUGCUGGUACCCUCUAAAGUAAAAAAGAUAAUAAAAAUAAACCAGGUUAUGGUUUAAGGGUGUCUUACCGUGAUUGACAGGUUGCUGCCACUACCAGAGCCACAUAUGACGUCUCUACAUCAAUAUGCCGCCGUCCAAAUAUGAUAAAUUCUAGUUCACUGGUUGCAAAAAGUCAAGGUGGUGACAGCCAAUCAAAACAGAAGAUGGGUGAUGUCAUAAUGACGAAUACCACUUCUUAUCUAUGAUCUCAACCUUUAACAUCUUUUCUGUGUUUCAUGUGAACAUAAAUAUUUAUUUGUGUUAAUUUGUUUAAUACCACUGUGAAAUUCAAUUUUUUACCAAUUCAAAACAAGAGAGUUUUCAUUUUGGGGGUUUUUCCAUCAUGAGCAGUGGGGCAUCGACGUGAUGGUGUGUAAACAGUACGGAUUCAAAUGAUGUUAAAAUGCUCUUGAUGAAGAAGGUGCCUGUCUGCACACUGAGCUGUGAUGGUUUCACCGGUUCUUUUUCAAGAUAAACUGUUUAAACUCAUUGAUCAGAUUAUAGAGUAAUUCUGGGAACAAAUUGAGUUGCUACAAAACGAGAGGAAUCAUAUUGUCAGGCAUUGCCGGAGGCCAGAUUAUCUUUUUAUCUACAACUACUUACAGCGACCGAGUGAAAUAAACCUUUUAACUGAAAUAUGGCUUCUUCAAAUGCUAUUCUAGAUUAGAGGGAAAAAACUGUUGAGUGCAAUGCAAUAUUUGUACAAAGUAUUUUAUUAUGGAUAACUAUAUAACAAGCCACAACAGUUUCCAAAUUCUGUACUGACCUUUUUUUACAGUUCAGGACAACUGCAUGUGGUUUGUAGACAAAUUGAUGUUAUCAUAAUAACACAAUACGGUUGAAAACCCACUAAUUGCAUAGAUAGAAAAUAAGCACCUUUUUAAAAAAGUAAAGCGAUUUUGUAAACAUCACUAGUUAAUUUGGGCAAGAAUAUCUAAUCGGAAAUUUCUGAAAGCCUCAAAUGUUUUCUGGCCUCAAACCACAGUCUGAUUUGUAUUCAGUGCACUCCAUGCUCAAAUCGACAUGUUGAACCUCCAAGGGCAGGUCGCACAGAAUACUCAGAGUACCGGCUCACACAAAAGAAAACUCUCAAUUCACGCCAUGACAAAGUGUGUCCAGGGAUCGAUCAAUUCUACACCCACAGUAAUAAAAUCCUAUCACACUGAUUUUUUUCCAUGAAAAUCAAUUUAAAAGGGCAAAAUCUGGUUGAAGACCAUAUCAAAGGGGAAUAUCUGGAUAAUAGUGUAGCUUGUGUUUAAACUGUGAAGAAGCAAAUCCAGCUUUUACCUUUUAUUUAAUAACUGUGCUCUUUGUUUGCUUGUGUUUCUUUCACCAUUAUUGAGCUCCAAACACCACUCAAUGGCACUAAAUCAGCUGAUACUGAAGCAUCCACACAGCAAUGGGUCAUACGCGAGGACGGAUGAGAAAGGUAAGGCAAAACGGACGACGGUGCAGUGAAAUGCAAACAUGGCCCCCGCCGACGAACCGGAGGCUAUUUAUCACUAACAAAACGGCAGAGAUCACUUUCCAAAGAUGCGAUGGGGGGAGCCGGGUCGGCCACACGUGAACAAAACAAUGCAAUUAAGCUACACGGCGUAACCCGAUAAAGCCAUCCAAUCACGCUGCAGCGGGUGUCA